GCGUCGGUUUAAACUUGGGGGCGGGAGUUAUUGCAGUUUGAAUCAGAAGAACAGCAUCUCCGUCCGGGCCGACAGCAUACCAACACACGGUGAGUCCCACAGGUACAUGAAUCACCUGUAUAUUUAUUUGAAUGUAUAUUUAUGUUUCUUUUGUUGGACUGUUUCUCUUGUAUGCUGAGUUUAGUGAUAAAUAGUCUCACGGCGUAGCUAAUGUACAGACGCCUUGCUCGGUUACAGCUAACAGUGCAGCUACGUUAGCAUGAAGCUAAAACUGAACAGCAGCUAAACCAGAGAGAAAAAUGUUAACGAACAUACUGGAUACACAGCUGUUUAGAGACACAAUAUUAGACUCUCCAGCAUAUAUCCAACCCGGUAAAUCUGGCACAAAGAGAAACCAGCAGCUAAUGUUAGCAGCUGCAGGCUAGCGGUGAGACGGACAGUCUGCUGAGCUCAGGGGGAAGAGUCUGAGGAGGGAAUCCGCUCUCUGUGAGCUUUGUGCCGGUGUCUCUGUCCUGCUGUACCCCGGUCUGAAUCUCACCUUGUUUACCUGUUAUCAACAGGAUCUCAUGGCCUCCCAGAAUAUGGACCCUGCAGCGGCAGCAGCUUCCUCCACAGCCGCACUGAAGGGUAGUGAAAGCGGAAGCAGCGCGGCCAGAGGCUCGGUGACCAAACGGUGAGAUCCAUAGCACCGGUACAGGAACUGAUGAUACUGCUCCAAAUAACUGGAUCAGACCAUUAUUAUCGUCAUCAAUAGUUUUUUUUCUAUAUUGUUGCUCUCUGUGUUUGUUAAUAUCUCCAAACAGCUGAUACUGAUUAUCUGUAGACCAGCAUGUCUUUCUGAUCCCUUCCCCUUGUGUUUUUCUGCCUCUUCAAUCAGUGUGAUAAACCUUUCUGUUGUCAUGACAACUGAUCUAGCAGUAACCAUCUCCCCAGCAUAACAAUGAUUAUCGCUGUAUGUGAUGAUUGAUAUUUAGUAAGUGGGUUUUUACAGCAAAUUAGAGCUUGGAUAGGGUGAGCAGUUCAAAAUGUUUUCUUUCCUCUCCAUGAUAGCCUGUCCUACUGAGUAGAGGUUUCACCAACUCAUUGACUAGCAAACAAGUAGUCACUACAGGGGAAUUGCUAACUAAUCAAAAAGUCAAGGGAGCUGACCCUGGCUGUGACAUGCAGCUAAAAGAGUGUUUUAUGUUGACAAAAUGUCAUUUUCAAUAGUCUGAUAUCGAAGUGGUAUGGUCAAGGUUACAGGACACAGUUCUCAUCAUGCAGUAGUACUAUUCAUUCUGCUUCUGUCUUUCUUACAUAAAGACUGGUCAACCAUUAUUUUAUAAAACUUUUUCUUGUAAAGAUGUAGAAAUUUUUUUCUGUUCUCUCACAGCUAUGCAUGAAACUGUUGGUGGCAAGACUGAAAAAUAGCCGAUGGUACACCACUCAGUUGUCAGCAGCGUGCAGAAGUUUAUAAAUCAUGCUUGUCUCUCAGUUACAGCCAUAAACUGUAUAUACUAUGGACAACUUGGUUCCACCUCCCGCCUGUAUACCGAUUUGAAGCCAAAAAGCUCUCAGUAUUUCCAGGAUUUUUCUUCAUUUCCUGAAACCAGCAUUGCGUAGUAGCGUUGUGCACAUUCAGCGGGAGAGUCACCAAGAGUCGCUGUGAUGAGGCUGUAUCAGGUGUCAAUCAUAGAAUUUCAAAAGUUUGUCCACAGCCCCAUAAGCUUUGCUGGAGGUGGCGGGAUUAAUGACCUAUACAGUAGCCCGUCAACAGAGGGUGCUGUUCUCAGGGUGGCUUCACCCAGCGAGAAGGCAGACACUGUCCAUUCUAUAUACAGUCUAUGGUUACAGCCAUCUGCUUUUUCUGUGGUUAACUGAAGACAUUUCAGACAACAAGCUGGGACCUGCUUUUCUUGUACACUUAAGCAGGAUUUGCCUUGAGGAAGAUGGGAUCUCAGCAGAGCGAAAACUUUAGUGUCUGAUCGUUAUUGGCAGAAUUGUUGACUAAAACAAGAAUCGCAUUUUACUGCGUCAAAAACAUCGGAAAACAUCAGUGACAGCAACAUAACUCCUGCCAAGUGCUGUUAAAGGUUUUCCCAAAAUGCAGAAUGAGGAUGUUGAUGGGCCCAAUGCUGUUUAAAUUAAUUACCUACCCUUGCUGAUCACAAAUUAUCUGCCAAAUUAAAGGGCUGGUUAUCAUCCCAGAUAGAUUCUCCCUUUCGUUUAACUACUGCAGCCUACCAAUGUGAUGUUUGCUUGGAAGCAGCACAUGAAUGCUUGAGGCAGUUAGCUUUGAUACCCCUAUUUAAACAUAAAUUUAGCAGAUCAAUGAUGCCUCUUUCUUAUCAAUACACUUUUCGCUCAGAGUUGACAAGGUGUUCUUAUCUGCAUGACUGGUACCCUAGUUGCAAUGUUAAGUGCAUAAAGUAAAAGAAUUUGACGGUUACAGAAACAGUAGAUAACAGACAUAGUACAAUAUGAAGAACAUGCCAAGUAUAAUGUAAAGGAGGUGAGCUAGAGUUUGUCAAACAUCUUUAAAUGAUGAUCAAAAUGCCUGACUUUAUGUCUCUCACUGUGUCUGCAGGUUACAACAGGAGCUCAUGACUCUGAUGGUGAGUUUAUAUCUGUGUUUAUGUGUGAGUUCACCUCAUAAUCUGGUUUCACUACUUUCAUAGUGACGAUUUACAGCACAUACUCUUGACCUUGGGGCAGAUACGUGUAUUGAUUAUUAUUAUUUUUAUCAUUAUUAUUGGUCAAGCCAGUGUGUUGUGCUGGUCUAACCCUUUGAAGGGUUAUAUUUGAAGUGAGAUUGUAUGAGUUACCUAUUGUAGCGAGUGUUUUAGCCACAAUGCAUUCCAGUCAGCACAGUCACUUUUUAAAGGGAAACUGCAGACAGUACUGGGGCAUUAGAUGUUAUCAUUUUCUGCAGACAGGGUGACUGACACAUUAUCUAGCAGAUUUAGAGGGAAUGUAACCCAAUAAUUUGUUUCAGUUAACGUGUACGCUCUAUCCAAAGGUUUUUCAGCCCAUUUCAUGGCAUCAGGAAGCUUAAAUUCAUAUAAAGUGGGGACUUCAUCAUCAUAGAUCCCACCUUGGGCACAAGAGACCUUUUUUUGUGUGUUAGGUCUACAAAUUGUGCCAAAACAAAUUUUGUUGGCAACGUGCAUACUUAAACUGAGAUGAGUGUUGGGGUUAGAUUUUCUCGAAAUCGGCUUAAUUACAUGGCAGAGUCAGUCGUGUCUGCAGGACACUAUAGCAUACCUCGCCUUCUGUUUGUAACAGCAGUUUCUCAUUCAAGAGGUCGAGCUGACCGACACCCGUUGUGGCCAAAAGACUUAGCAGAGACAUGUUUCUCAUCAAACUCACUUAAAAAGUGAGUAUGAAAUGUCCCCCUUUUUAUAUGGAGCAACCAUCCUGGAUUGAUAUUCCUUUGAGUUUUGGAGUGUCAAGUAGUAAUCUUAGAUUUUCUAUCUUUUGAGAUUAAAUGGGACAAAAAAAUAAAAAUGUAUAAUUCUUUGGUGAAAUGCACCCGUUGGAGUUGUAGUUGUCCUUCAGUUGAUGGCUUUCCCUGACCUUUGCCUUUCUCUCCCUGGUGAUGGUGCAGAUGUCAGGCGAUAAAGGGAUCUCAGCGUUUCCAGAAUCAGACAAUCUCUUCAAGUGGGUGGGAACCAUCGAAGGACCUCAGGGGACGGUAAUUCAUCAAUCAAUCAAACACUAAAUAACACCCUUGACUACAGGGCUGCUGUGGGGGAUUCACUGUCUGAUCAGACAAUCUCAGGGUCAAAAAAGCACAUCAAUAAGUUUAUUAGACAGAAAUCAUAGUUUGUCUGUCUGUCUUUCAGGUGUAUGACGGGCUCAGGUACAGGCUGUCUCUGGAGUUCCCAGCUGGUUAUCCGUAUCAGGCUCCCCGUGUAAAGUUUGUUACUUCCUGUUUUCAUCCUAACGUGGAUGAGAAUGGGUUUAUCUGUCUCGACAUCCUGAAGGACAAAUGGUCGGCGCUUUACGACGUUCGCUCGAUCCUGCUGUCCAUCCAGAGCCUGCUUGGAGGUAACCAGUUUAAUCAGUUUCCCCACAUUAAUCAUUUCAACUGGUUUAACCAGUACAGAUACUAUUAAAUAUACACUAUAAAUGUAUGUGUGUGUCUGUGUGUGUAUUUGGUCCCACCUGAAUUCAGUAGGAUUCUGGGCUGGUCUAGAGUAAUCUGAUCAGAAAAGAGCUAAAGGAUUUAAUUUAAUAUUAUAAUAAAGUUGUUCAUGUACAGAUUCUGAUUCCAGGGGCUAAAAUAAUAAAAUCUGGAAAAGGAAGCAAGAAAAGAGAUUCUUGCCCCCUGUAUUGUAAAUCCUCUUCAAAUCCUGCAAGAGUAAUUGAAACACAGAAACUCAACUGAUUACCUAAGCAAGAGUAAAAAUGUAGUUCCUGUAAUUUUCCCUUUGAAUGCUCAUGGUGUGUUUUUUGGUCUCCAUCAGAACCAAACAAUGAGAGUCCUCUGAACACAGCUGCUGCUGAACUCUGGGAAGACCAGGAAGGUGAGAUUAUUCACUCUGUCAGAUUAAAGCCUCACUGCUCUAAACCUGUGAAUCUUGUAUCUAAAAUAGAAAGUUUUAACAGGCCUAGAGAAAAAAAACAAUGGGGAAAUAAGUGAUUUUUUUUUUUUUUAAAUCUGCUAAAUAUAAUUCACUAAAAUAAGGUUAAAUAUGAAUUUUUAAAAAGGACGUUGUCUGCCUAUCCACCCUUUUUUAAAAGAAAAUAUUUUCUUAUCCUCUUGACCUCUUUUACAAAUACUCUUCUCAAGCUUCAUUAGAUAAAUUACAUUGAAUUUUCUAUAACUGUUUCCUGAGCUUCUGAGGCUGACAGAUAAAUCAUGAACUAAAGGAGAGGUCUCAUUCUGAUUGCUGACAAUCCUGAUGUAAAAUUGGAUGUUAUCUUAUAUUCAUAAUCUUUCAGGCAUUGCUCAGCCCCCUGUCACUUUGGCAUUGAUCCAUCAUUAGCUGUUCUGUCUCUUUCAGCCUAUAAAGCUCUUCUACACUCGAAUUUCCAGAAGUGAGCCAGUCCACGUCUUCUUUUGUUUGUCUUCUGUGUUUGUACAAUAUUUUUAUGUUUGUUCACAUUCGUGUAUCAAUAAAGUUCUUAAUUCAACUCAUACUCGGGGGUGUUUGAUGCUGAUGCUUGAUUUGCCAGAAAAAAAUCAGAUGCACAUUUGCACAAAUUUGUUAAGCACUUGCACUUUAAAAAAAAUCAAGAUAUCCAUAACUUUAAGAAACAUUCAAAUAACAUAAUGGAGGAGGU